UUGUCCUCACUGAACACUGAUAGAACAUUGCCCGAUUGGGCAUGUCUGAUAUUUUGUAAAGCGAUACACACGGAGCUCAUACUUAAAUCUUAUUUAUCACUCACGGCACCAAAGAGACAAUAGAGACAAUACACCGCCCUUCAUGUCAUCAUGGCCUCCCUGCUCCGUCAACUCGUCGCCGGUCCCCGCGCACAACACCAAGAAACCGGGCUCGACCUGUGCUACGUAACCGAAAAUAUCAUCGCAACAUCCGGCCCCUCCCAAACCUACCCGCAACGCGCCUACCGCACCCCGCUCGACCGCCUCGUCGCCUUCCUCGACGCCCGCCACGGGAGCCGCUGGGCCGUCUGGGAGUUCCGCGCCGAGGGCACCGGCUACCCGGACGCCGCCGUCCACGGCCGCGUCCGCCACUUCCCCUGGCCCGACCACCACCCGCCGCCGUUCGGGCUGGUGCCGCGGAUUGUGGGGGGGAUGAGAAGUGGAAAAGACGGCGAGGCAGGCGGGGAGGGGGGAAACGAAAAAGGCACCAAAGACGAGAAAGGCGACAGAGUCAUCGUCGUUCACUGCAAGGCUGGCAAGGGCCGGUCCGGCACCAUGGCCUGCAGCUACCUCAUUGCCGAGUGCGGGUGGACGCCCGAGGACGCCCUGGCCAGGUUCACUGAGCGCCGCAUGAGGCCCGGCUUCGGGGCCGGCGUGUCCAUCCCCAGCCAGUUGCGGUGGAUCAGCUACGUGGACCGUUGGACAAGGGGCGGGAAGAAGUAUCUCGAUCGGCCAGUGGAGAUUGCCGAGAUUCAUGUCUGGGGUCUGAGGAACGGGGUUAAGGUGGAGGUGGAGGGGUUUGUGGAGGAGGGUAAAAAGAUACGCGUCUUCCAUACGUUCAAGCAGGAGGAGCGGAUUGUGGUUGAGCCGGGCGCGCCAGGCGGUGGGGGGGUUGUGGACAUGGUUCAGGAUAUGGCUGGCUAUGGAGCUAGCGCCACCGUGGGCGAGACGGGUGAGGCUGAAGAAGAUGCGGAUUACGGGGAGAUUGUAAAGGGGGAUAACGGCAAAGACAACAGCAAAAGCGAAACACCCUCGAGAAGCUCCUCGAAGAGCCCCUCGCAAAAGCUGAAAGAGUCUCGGACGGCAGGGUUGAUGAGAAAACUAUCGAGACGCAAACCCGAUUCAUCUGCGGACCUCAACAAGCUAGACAAGGUGGGCCCGAGGAGCAAGACCAUUGCCAUGCCGGACGCCUCGCAGGUCUCAUCCACCGGGACUCCGCCCCCGGGGAAAGGCGGAUCGCCUUCCCGGUCAACGACGAGUCUGCAAAACGGUUUCUCCUUUGCCGACUCCUCCGAGCCCGGUGGGCAGGCAGUCAUCUUCAAACCGUCCGGCUCGAUCCGCGUCCCGAAUAGCGACAUCAACAUCUCUGUCGAGAGGAGAAACCGCGCCCCCGCCAGCGUCGGCUUGACCAUGGUCACGGCCGUCGCACAUGUGUGGUUCAACGCAUUCUUCGAGGGCAACGGGCCCGAGCAAGACGGCAAGGCCGACGACAGCGGCGUGUUCGAGAUCGACUGGGACAAGAUGGACGGCAUCAAAGGCUCGAGCCGGAGAGGGACCAGGGCGCUAGACAGGUUGGCCGUGGUCUGGCGUGUGGCAGGCACUGGUGUGGCCGGGGCGGAGGAGGUCACCUCCGGGGUGGCGAUCAACGAGCCUGGGGAGGACAGCCCGGUGCCACAGAUGCAGGCGGCCGACUGGAAGGGGGGAAAUCAAGAAGACCCAACGGCUGACAAGCACCUUGGCUUGAGGGUGGAGGAUCCCGAGAGCCGGGAGGUCAGCAAGGCCAGCAGCGUAAAGAGUCAGGAGGUUGGAGAUACUGGCGGCGGUGCGCCAAAAGGAGAGAAGGAUGGAGACGGGGAUGACCGAGCCUCCCUUGAAGGUGUCAAGGUUAGCGGCCCGACGGGGGAGGAUGUUCUGGAUGUGGAUGAGGCACCGGCCGGGAAUGGUCAGGGAUCAAGCGGUCAGUCAGAGAUUAAAGGCCGCGAUCCCGCCAUUCUCUAGCUUAUGGCAAUGAACUGCCUUUGUGUAGAUUAUCGAACUGGCCGGGUAUACACUCAGUACAACACAUCUGUCGUCGGCUGUCAAGAGUGAAAAAUGGAAGUUACGAGCUGUAACCGCUUUCCUUCGUUACCCGCCUACACAGUAAAAGUACUAACCUGCCUGUCUACCGCAGUACGCAGGUGAUACGAACAAACACA